CCCUCGUGUAUCUUACCUAAGUGAACAGUCACCUCAAAAGCCAGUGGCCUUUAGCCUCAGACAUGUCAAGUCUACGCUGUGGCAGAAACGGUGUCAAUGGUGAUAAGUUCAUUACGUCACUGGUUGUAAUCUUGUGGGGGGGGGGGGGGCAGUCCCGUCACUUUAAACAGGUCAGUAAGGGCUAUAAAAUGUAUGCUGCACUUGUCUGAAGCAGCACUGCAUGGCAGAGACUCACAGGUAAGAUUCACUUUUAACAGCAUUAACGAUUCAUUCUAACUUGCACUCACUGUGUUGCGUUUAAUUCUGCUCAGUAAAGCCUGAAAUAAGUAAUCGCGCAUUAUCUAUUAUCGUGAAAAAUGUAAAGAAAAUAAAUAUCCACUGCUUUUUGACUGAUCCGCGUUUAAGUCUAUAAUCUCCCAUGUAGCAACAGUUGUGUAUUUGAACUGCCGUGUUGUGCAGACAAAGUCGUCUUUUUGUGUAAGAAUAAAAUGUAAAUUAUAGCAUUGUGCAGCUGUCACACAAACAGUAAUUAAGCUAAUCUUGAAGACGCUGUGUAUGACGUGAUGUAAUGAUACAAACAAUAUGUCACUAUGCAGAAAACACAUUUCUGGGCUUUUGAAUGACAAGAAUUUUCUCCCUUUUUUAACCUCUUCCAGAAAAUACAACAGCAAUGGUUGUUUACUAUCCCAUGGUGACGAUUCCCUUGUUGGGUCUUGUUGUCGCGCUGUGGCUCAUCUUGUGUCACUUUACAAAGAAGCACAGAGAGACAGAAAGCUGGCCCCCGAGUGCCAGAAACUCCGCUUCCAUAUACGUCAUCCCCAUGCCGAGAAGCGAAGAAUCCACAGACUCAUGUGAACCGUAUUCUCAACCUGCUUAUGGAGAACCUCCCAUCUACAGCUCAGCAAGUGACAGUCCACCUCCGUACAGGCUGGAACCACCUUCUUACUCAGAAUCCCCGCCACCAUACACGGAUCCUCCACCUUUCUCAGUGCAGUGCUGCGCCUCCUGACCUUUCUCCUCCCGGACUAAUAACUUAAACACCAUAUAGCAUACACAUAUAUGAACUCUUAUUCCUUUACAGCAAAGGUCGAUGAAAUUCAAGCGGGAUCAACAGAAGUCUGAGCUUGUGAAAUUAAGUUAAAAAAGCAUAUGUGUGUGUGGGAAAUUUAAGACGUGUGGAGAGAAAAAGUUGUGUGUUUUUUUAUGUCAAAACUAAAGAAAAUGUCCAUUUCAGUUCAAAUUUGUGGUCUUGAUUUUACAAGUCCACUUUAAUUACGGGUUCAGUGUGUGGGAUUUGGAGGCAUCCGGUGGCCAAGUUUCAGAUUGCAACAAACGGGAUGCUCUUUAAUGUACUAUACCAAAAAGCAGCAGUAAGCAGCAGUACAAAAAGUCGUUGCAUUUUGUCCACACUGUAUAUGAAGUCAUGAAAACACAAUGUUUCAACAUGUAUUUCAACUAUUUGAUGCCUUAAAGUUGAAUGGAUACUGCUGUCCUUCUCAUGGUUACACAAUUUGCAUUCACAGCAAAAUAUUAACUUCUCUUUUAACUAAUAUUAAUGUUCACUAUCUUGUGGUGAUACGCGACCAGACUUUGAAUGUCAUUACUGAUAUCUGUCUCUUUUUUAUCUCUAUUUGAACCCACGUGGGGUUCAAAAGUAACUUAAAGUGUAAAUGUGUAGAAUAUACAGCGCUAUGUGUUUUAUGUGGGACAUCAUUAUGUGUAUCUAUGUUUUUGUUUAUAUGUGUAUUUAA